AUGUUCGUCGAGCCGGGGGUACCCGUUUAUGGCGGCAUGAUCAUCGGCGAGCACACGCGGCCGCAAGACCUCGACGUCAACCCACUGAAGAACAAGCAGCUGACCAAUGUCCGGGCCGCCGGCAAGGACGAUGCCGUGCGCCUGAGCCCGCCGCGGCCGUUGCCGCUCGAGAUUGCGCUGGCCUAUCUCGCGGACGAUGAACUGCUCGAAGUAACGCCGGCGUCGAUCCGCCUUCGCAAGCGGUUGCUCGACCCGCAUGCCCGACGGCGCGCCGCACGUGAGAACGUCGCGGCGCCGCUGAGUGCCGAGCCGGCCGGCCGAUACGUUCGCGCCCUCUCUCGCGCACGCAACAUUGCCCGCAGGCUACCGAACAUAGCGUCUGCGCGCAGACCGGGGCUAGCGCGGAGAGUGAGACUUAAGCCUCGGCGUCGUAGCCUUGCCGUAAGUGGAUCGUGA